CAAGCCUUCGGCGUCUUUGUAGGACAAGGUACUUUUUGAGCAUUUCCAGGAUGGUAGGAAAUUCCAGACUGGGUCCCCAAGAGAGGGCUUAGCAGCAGUGCCCCAGACCACACUGAGACUUGAAUCUGCCUGGAUUGGGGAGAGGUCGGCAGUUUGCAAGGGUUGAGAAGGACUCAGGGUGGGCAUAACAACUCCAGAAUUGACAGGCAGAUCCCAGGUGGCGUGAGAAGGGAGGUCUGGCAGCCUCAGCCUACUCCUUCUUUCGACUUUACACUGAUCCAAACUACCAACGCCAUGAUCUGGACUCCUGCAUCUCUGCUCCUUGCUACCAUUAUUCUCAGCAGCUUCCCCAAUCUAGGCGAUGGAGGGAGACCAAUGGCCAAACUGGCAUCCAGGAAGCUGUGUGCGGAUGAAGAGUGCAGCUACCCCAUCUCUCAGGCUGUUGCACUGCAAGACUAUUCAGCCCCAGACUGCCGCUUCCUGUCUGUGCAACAAGGCCAGGUUGUCUUUGUCUACUCCAAGCUGAUGGGCCGAGGUCGUCUCUUCUGGGGAGGGAGUGUCCAGGGGGAGUACUAUGGGUCCCAGCCUGCCCGAUUGGGCUACUUCCCAAGCAGCAUUCUCCGAGAGGACCAUGUCCUGAAGCCAGGAAAGGUGGAAGUGAAAACCGACAAGUGGGACUUUUACUGCCAGUGAGUCCAGGAUCUCCCGGCCCCUGCCUCUGCUCGCCUGGGGAAGCGGAUGCUGGCCCCGAGCCCCAAGACGCCUGCCUCCUUCCCUUCUCUCCACUGUGCCCCUUGCCCAACUUUGUGCCAAUAACACCCAUGUACA